AUGGAUAUCGAAUGGACACUGAUGUGUGAACGAGAUGUUCUUUUACUGCUUGAAGGAGCCGGAGAUCAAGCACAAUCUGUACACAGAUAUUGUCUCUCCGAACCUCGUUCCGAUCAUCAGGAUUUAGCCGGCGAGAAUCAAGAACGUUUCUUCAAGCAAAUCUCUCACUCUCGAUAUUUCACAUUGAUUUGGAAAAGUGACAAGACGAAUGAGCGAAAGGGAUGGAAAUUGGAGUACGAGUUUGUCAGUCCGAACACAGAGACUUGCGGUUUCAUCUCGAAUGCGGCCACUGGAGUGAUUCAUUCUCCCGGAUAUCCAAACAAUUAUGCCCCGGAUCUUGAGUGCAUUUGGGAUAUCAUAGUGCCUCGAGGCUAUCACGUUAAACUCGAAUUCGAGACAUUCGAUGUGCAAACGACUGAGAAAUGUGAUGCCGAUUAUAUUGUGCUCUCGCAAGAACAUGAAGCUCAAUCAUUUGCUCCUCAAGGAGACUACUAUUUUAUGUUCAAUAAUGAACAAAAAGAGGAUCCUCUUUGUGGAAUCAAUUUGCCCAAAGUGUUCAAAUCGGAAAGCAAUCGAAUCCGG